AUGGAGGUACCAAGUUUCGCUGAUCUCGGGAAAAACGCAAGGGAUGUCUUCAAGACGGCCUAUCAUCAAGGCAAGGGCCUUAUCAAGCUCAAUGUCAAGACCACAUCCGCCAAAAGAUUUCAAAUAAUGAGUGACACAACUUUGAAUUUUGAGGCAUCAAAGUUAAGCGGUUUAAUGGAGACGAAGUAUAAGGCGGACGCCGGAGCCCUAUUGCUGAAAUGGACAACUGAGGGCGUGCUUUUUCUGGGCUACGAGUUUAACGGUCUGCUAAUGAAGGGUGUCGAUUUACUCUCCGAGUGCGCUUACAAUCCAGAGACAGCCGCGAAAAACGUGAAGGUCGGCUCGAAAUUCGCCAACGAGAGGCUCAACGCACACUGCGAGAUCUGUCAGUUUAUACACUCUAAUUAA